AUGACGACGCCCUUCCUAACCAAGUCGCCGCCGUAUACUAGCGUCUCCGGCAGUAGGGGCACAGCCACCACAUCACCGCCACACAAUGGCGAGUCGAAGCUCCUGUACAGGACACAGCGUCCACCAUCUGCAUCCGCGUCGCCGGCGUGUACUUCCGCGUCUGCAAUACUCCAUAUAGAGAGGCACCAAGUCACGCACGAGGAGUGGUACAACCAGUGCCGACACCGUAACUGCAUUGUCCACGACGAACAACCACCAGCGACACAGGUGAAGCCACUCCCCGCGCCGACGAUGUCGCUAGAAGGUCCCGUGAGUGCGAUUCCGCGGCAGGUGUCACGACGGGAACGUCAGCGCUCUAGCCUAAGUCUGACUCCGGAGGCGCCGCAGAGGAUGGACGGUCACAACGGACGUGGUGACUUGGCCAAGAGCUCCGCACUACCUACGAGCAACAAGACGCUGCGCAGUAGCACCGUGGCAAACAACCUCCCUUCUGCGCCGUUUCACCAGCAGCAGCAGACGCAGGCGCCGAGUCCGACCGGCCAUUGGCCGAUGGCACAUCGGUUCUCCAUGACUAUGGCAGGGCCGGGCAGUGAAGCGGUGGACAAGAGUGUCGUCGUCGCGCCGGCACCCCACAAGGCGGGCGCGCAGCUGGGGACCAAAAAGGAGUCGCACCGCCAAGGCGUGGCCCGGGUGCAACGGUACGUCGCGCAGACGGCAUACACCCAGCGAAAUCCCUUUCGCACGCAAAGCUUUGAAGAGUUCGUGGGAAAUCCGCAGUACCACCCGCCGCCUGGAUUUGACAGCUACUCGCAGGCAAUUGCCACGCGUGUCUACAGCUUCGAGAGUAGCCGCACCAGCCAAGGUGAUUUAAUGAUGCGGAGUCUUCUCGAUGCGGCGCACCCGUCAACUGCGGAGGAGAGGGGAAAAGUAAAGGUACUACUGAGCUCGACUCUUGAGAAGCUGAAGGUCGGCGACUGGUUCUACAAGUGGACGCGCGUUAACCACGUGCAGCGGCGCUACGUCUGGCUGAACCUGCAACGCGGCACUCUCAUGUGGUCUUCUUCGGCGAAGAAGAGCGCUCUCUUCAACUCGGAGGUGAAGCUCUCCACCGUCAUGAGCGUCACACCGGAGUGCCUGCAGGUAGAGAUGCCGGUGCGCUUUUUCUACCGCAUGUCUAUCAACACUCAAGACCGCUGCAUCAGCCUCGCAACUGAGAUUCGAAAUAAAUUCGACGUGUGGUACCAUGUACUGCUGCAGCUGACACUGCAGAACUCAACGUGUGGCGUGCCCGGUGUCUGGGGGAGACCGUCGAACAGUGUCAACGCAGCCGGGUGGGGUACGGCGAGCCGGUGGACGUCCCGCUACAGCCCGUUGGCCGCUAUAAUGGAUAACACCCCAGGCGCCAAUGUCUCCAACGAAGCUUACGCAAACGGCGUCGUCUCCUCCAGUGACUGA